AUGAGGCGGAGUAUGAGGAGGCUCAAUGGACUGCGGUUGGCGGCAGGACUACGAGCUGAAAAGGUUCGAAUUCUGUGCGAGUCCAAGUUGGUAGUCAGCCAGGUGUCGGGGGAGUAUGAAGCCAGUGAAGGAAGCAUGCAGAAAUACAGAGACACGGUGCUAAGAACCUUACGCGAGUUUGAGGGAUAUGAAAUACACCGGGUACCAAGAGAGCAAAACGCCGACGCCGACAUGCUCUCCAAGCUAAGUACCGGAGUCCCCAACCACAUCAGGAAGGUCGCUCGGUUAGAAGACCUCGAGACUUCAAGUAUCGAUGUCUCGUGGGUCUUCCCUGUGCAGACUAGGGAACCAUGUUGGAUUGACCAUAUCAAGCGAUACAAGGCAGAUGGCUCCUUACCGCAAGACGAGGCAGACGCAAAGGUAACAAAAUUGCGGGCACCCAGCUACAUCGUCUCGGGCGAUAAGCUAUACAAACGCUCCUACAACGGCACAUUACUGAGGUGUCUAUACCCAGAUAAAGCCAUGUUGGUGAUGAAAGAAGUCCACAAGGAGAUAUGCUCCGCGCACCAAGGGGCGUACACCAUUGCACGGUGCAUCAUGUUACAAGGGUAUUUUUGGCCCAAAAUCCUGAGGGACUGCGUCGAGUAUACAAAGCGAUGUCUCAAGUGCCAAGAAUUCCAGGCACUACCAGGUCGACCUGCGACAAACUACACCCCGGUAAGCACCGCGAUUCCUUUUUCAAGAUGGGAAAUUGACCUGGUAGGGGCCCUUCCCAUGGGGACUGGAAGCAGGAAUCACAUCAGAAAACCUAUGGAGAAACACAAUGAAGGCAACUUCGAGGCACGAGAAUUUUCAGAAUUCGUAGCAGGAUGGGGCAUUAAGCAUAGCCGAGUGGCGAUAUCUUAUCCUCAGGCGAACGGACAAGAAGAAAAUGCUAACAGAACCAUCCUCGACGGCCUCAAGAAAAUGCUAGAAGUAGCCGACGGAGCCUGGGUGAAAGAGCUCGACGGCAUCCUCUGGGCCUACCGCACGACACCAAGAAGGGCCACCGGAGAAACCCCGUUCGCCCUCGCUUAUGGAUUCGAAGCUCAGGCCCCGGUGGAAGUGAUCAUACCUAUUAGAAGGGUGGAGGAAUUCGAGUCAGAACAGAAUGAACUCCACCAAAUGGUUGAUCUGAACUUCUUAGAUGAGAAGAGAGAAGCGGCAUUCUGCAAAAUGGAGAACUACGGUAGCCAGCUAAAGUCCUACCACGACGCAAAAGUCCGACCCCGAUAUUUCUAG